AUGGCGCCCGCAUAUGACCCUUCUACAGAGCUUUCCGACCUUCGCGGACGCGUAGCCCUCGUGACAGGCGCCAACUCAGGCAUCGGUCUGUAUAUCCUCCUCCACCUUGCGCGGCAAGGAGCCAAGUGCUAUCUCGCUGCACGCUCGCAAGCAAAGUUCGAAACUGCGCUUGGGAGGCUGCGUGAGGAGGGGCUUGGCGACGACGAAGGCGAUGGUGAGGUAGUAUGGCUUGAUUUGGAUCUGUGCGACCCAGUUGGCGUGAGGAAGUCCGCGCUGAAGUUCGAAGAAAUGGAGGAUAGACUGGACAUUCUUGUGAACAAUGCUGCCAGGAUCUUAGGCCCGUACGCUUCUACGCAAGAGGGACUUUCCGAAAGCUUCCUCGUCAACCACAUCAGCCCGUUUCUCUUCACGACGCUUCUAUUACCUCUUAUGGAGAAGACGGCCACUCAGCCGAAUUCGGACGUGCGCAUCGUAAACGUUACAUCUGUAGCGCACCGUUGGGUCCCAAACCCUCGCUACGAUACCCUCGAGGCUAUCAACUCGGACUUCUCCCACACCUGGAAGCCAAAGACGAAUGCGUAUGGGUAUACCAAGUUAGCCAACAUCCUCUUCACGCGUGAAUUGCAACGGCGCCUUGCAACGCGUAAUGUUCCGAUCACAGUCCUCGCGGUCCAUCCAGGCAACGUCAUGUCCGAAGGCAACGUAUCGCUCUUCACGUCCUUGCCUUUCGGUCGCCUCGUCAACUUUGGGUUUUCGUUGAUGUUCAUCAAUCCGAAAGAUGGAGGCUAUACGCCUGCUUGGGCCGCUGCCUCGAAAAAAGUAUACGACGGGAGGGAAGACGGAAAGUGGAAGGGGGCGUAUAUCGUGCCGUAUGGUGUCGUGGAGGAGCCGAGUGAGGAUGCGAAGAGGGAAGAUCUCGCGACCGAGUUAUGGGAGACCACGGAGCGGGUGCUGAAACAGUUUGGGUGGGCGUGA